UAUUAUAUGUAUAUAUAAACCUUCACGAUUACCACAGCUGAUUGUGUAUAAGGGAGCUUAUCUUUUGUCAUCACCAUUCAACAAAUCUAUCAUAUCGAUCGAAGCAAAUGGCGAAAAUCAUUCCGUUGCGACAAUGGGGGAGUGAUACAGGCGGCGAUCCUUGGAGCUACAUACCCACCUUUCCCAUAGGUGAGAUAACCAUCAAUGUAGGUGGUAAUAUCAAGUCCAUUUCCUUCAAGGACGUUGAUGGCGUCAUCUCUGGGACAUUCGGUGGCAGGAGCCCUGAUCCUACGGAAAUUGGUCGUGAGAUAAAGGUAACUUAUUCUUUUAUAAUUAAUAAUGUACGUACCAACUACUUAAUUGAUUAUUCCUCUUUUUUUUUCUCAUCUCAAAUCUCAAUAUAUGUAUUGAAGAUUCCUAUCAAUUGGCCUUUGGAGUAUUUAACUGCAAUAAGUGGAACGUAUGGUAACUACAAUGGGGCGCCUGAUGUUAUCACUUCAAUCUCUUUUACCACAAAUUUCCAAGUAUAUGGACCUUUUGGAACAGCUGUUGGUACGCCUUUCGCCACCUCCGAAACAGACUAUCUUGAUGCUAUUGGUAUAUAUGUGUUGCCCAAUCUUGUUGUAGGUAAGUUUAUCACAUUUGUAGACAGAAACAUCAUUAAAUAAGAAUCACUUCCUUGUACAUUUGCUACUCCUA